GAAUUUUGUCAUUGUUUCAUCUAUUUUUCCAAAUUUAAGCAUUUCCUCUUCCUCAUAAUUACAACAAAACAAAUACAAAUAAAUCAAUUUUAACCCCCCCUUACAUAUUUUUGCCCCAUUCAUUGUAACACCUCCCCUUAUUCCAAAAACAAAAAAUGAGAGAAAUCCUCCACAUUCAAGCAGGGCAAUGUGGUAACCAAAUCGGUGCACAGUUUUGGGAGGUUGUAUGCAAUGAGCAUGGUAUCGAUACCACCGGCCAAUAUAUCGGUGAUUCUCCGUUACAACUCGAACGAUCCGACGUCUAUUUUAAUGAAGUUAGAGGUGGUCGAUAUGUUCCUAGGGCUGUCAUGAUUGACCUUGAGCCUGGUACCAUGGAUUCCCUUAAAUCUAGUCCUUAUGGUCAGAUUUUUAGGCCUGAUAAUUUUGUUUUUGCGCAAAAUGGUGCUGGUAAUAAUUGGGCUAAGGGUCAUUAUACUGAAGGUGCUGAGUUGAUCGAUUCUGUCCUUGAUGUUGUUCGUAAAGAAGCCGAAAAUUCUGAUUCUUUGCAAGGAUUCCAAUUAUGCCAUUCUUUGGGAGGAGGAACAGGAUCAGGAAUGGGAACACUUCUAAUCUCAAAGAUUAAAGAGGAGUACCCAGAUCGUAUGCUGAUGACCUUCUCUGUAUUUCCGUCCCCAAAGGUGUCAGACACGGUUGUGGAACCUUACAACGCCACGCUCUCUGUACACCAGCUGGUGGAGAAUGCUGAUGAGUGUAUGGUUCUUGACAAUGAAGCCCUCUAUGACAUUUGCUUCCGCACUCUCAAGCUCGCCAAUCCUCGCUUUGGGGACCUGAACCACCUGAUCUCAGCAACAAUGAGUGGCAUAACAUGUUGCCUUCGAUUCCCUGGUCAGCUAAACUCUGACCUAAGAAAGCUUGCAGUGAACCUGAUACCCUUCCCACGGCUCCAUUUCUUCAUGGUCGGGUUUGCACCUUUAACCUCCAUCAACUCCCAGCAGUACACAUCCCUGUCCAUCCCCGAACUCACUCAACAAAUGUGGGAUUCCAAGAACAUGAUGUGUGCAGCAGACCCGCGCCAUGGGAGGUACCUCACUGCAUCAGCAAUGUUCCGAGGUAAGAUGAGCACAAAAGAGGUUGACCAACAAAUGACAAAUGUACAGAACAAGAAUUCAUCCUACUUUGUAGAGUGGAUCCCUAACAACGUGAAGUCGAGUGUUUGUGACAUCCCACCAACAGGGUUGUCCAUGUCCGGGACCUUUAUUGGGAACUCGACUUCUAUUCAAGAGAUGUUUAGAAGGGUGUCGGAACAGUUUACUGUCAUGUUUAGGAGGAAGGCUUUCUUGCAUUGGUACACCGGGGAAGGUAUGGAUGAGAUGGAGUUCACUGAGGCUGAGAGUAAUAUGAAUGAUUUGGUGUCUGAAUAUCAGCAGUAUCAGGAAGCUGGUGUGGAGUAUGAGGAGGAAUAUGAAGAAGAGGAUGCUUGAAAAUUAGUUAAUUUCAGAGGAUUCCCUUGAAAUUAUGAGGGAGAAAUGAAUGGAGUUUUAACAUCUUUCAAUAGCAAAAAGGUGGUAAGAGGGGGGGGAUUAUUUUUUUGUACAAGGAAAUUGUAACUUGGUUUAUUCUGUUUUUAUUAGGAUGUAACAAAAACCAAUAUGCAUAAUAUACUGAAUAAAAUAAUGUUUACAUCCAACAA